CCCCCGGGGGGCAACGGCCGGCCGCGCGCCGCGCUUGGCAGCUCUCCCAGCAUGCCCCGGGGCAGCCCCACUCCCAGCAGGCCAUGGGCCAUGGCCAAGAGGUGCCUUCCCAGCAUGCCCUGGGGCCGGGCCAGGAGCCGCUCUCCCAGCAUGCCAUGGGGCACAGCGAAGAGCCGCUCUCCCAGCAUGCCGUGGGGCCCGGCCAGGAGCCGCUCUCCCAGCAUGCCCUGGGGCACAGCGAAGAGCCGCUCUCCCAGCAUGCCGUGGGGCCCGGCCAGGAGCCGCUCUCCCAGCAUGCCCUGGGGCACAGCGAAGAGCCGCUCUCCCAGCAUGCCGUGGGGCACGGCCAGGAGCCGCUCUCCCAGCAUGCCGUGGAGCACAGCGAAGAGCCGCUCUCCCAGCAUGCCCUGGGGCACGGCCAGGAGCCGCUCUCCCAGCAUGCCGUGGGGCACAGCGAAGAGCCGCUCUCCCAGCAUGCCCUGGGGCACGGCCAGGAGCUGCUCUCCCAGCAUGCCGUGGGGCACAGCGAAGAGCCGCUCUCCCAGCAUGCCCUGGGGCACAGCGAAGAGCCGCUCUCCCAGCAUGCCCUGGGGCACGGCCAGGAGCCGCUCUCCCAGCAUGCCGUGGGGCACAGCGAAGAGCCGCUCUCCCAGCAUGCCGUGGGGCCCGGCCAGGAGCCGCUCUCCCAGCAUGCCGUGGGGCACAGCGAAGAGCCACUCUCCCAGCAUGCAGCGGGGGCGCGCCGGGUGCUGUUCGCCGAUGCCCUGGGCUUGCCCUUGACCCGCCUGCGGCACUACCAGCCCUGGCCGCCCCCCUCGCCCGAGUGGCCCCCCGAGGUGCUGCCCCCUGCCGGCCAGCCGCCCUUCGCCCCCUACCUCCUGCCCGCCUUCGUGCUGCCCCCGGCGGGGCAGGGCGAGCCGGAGCGGCUGGUGCGGCUGCGCCGGACCAUGGUGGAGCUGGAGGAGGUGCUGGCGCCGGGGCCGGGCGAGCCGUGGCUGCUGCGGGGCACCGUGCGGGUGCUGAACGUGGCCUAUCGCAAAGCCGUCCACGUGCGGGCCAGCCGGGACCGCUGGCGCACCUACCGCGACCACCCCGCCCGCUACGUGCCGGGGGGCUCGCCCGACGGGGGGCUGAGCGACCGCUUCACCUUCAGCCUGCCCUUCGGCCCCGACCAGCAGGAGGAGCAGGGCGAGGAAGAGGAGGAGGGGGAUGAAGCCCGGCUGGAUUUCGUGAUCCGGUACCAGACCGACGAGGGCGUCUACUGGGCCAAUAACCAGGGCAAGAACUACAGCGUGGUGAUGAAGGGCCGGGCGCCCCCCCGGGCGCCCCCCAGUACCGCCGGCCAGGACGGCGCCGGGCGGCAGCUGAAGAGUUGCAUGAGGCCGGAGAGGAUGAGUGCCCGCGGACGCCAUGACCCCCGGGGGGCAUCUCUAUGCGCCUGCCCACUGACAAGGGAGCGUCCCGCCACCAAGGAGCUUCUCGGCGGCAUGUCGGCGGCUAGUCGGAUUUGGGACAGCUGCAGGCCCUGCGAGGAAGAGCUAAGCGAUGAAGACAUACCAAACCCUGCCCGUGAGGAAGAAGGGAGCCCGGAAAGGGAGACGCAAAGAGAAUCGCCCUCAGCUUCCACGGGACAGGUCCCGGAGCUGCCGGUCCCCCCCACGUCCCUGGAGACGGAGCUGCCUGCCAGGGAACUCCCGGUGCCCUUGGCUGAGUCCCCUGGGGGCGGCCGUGGGCCCGAGGCCGGCUCUCUGGGGCCGGGGGCCUCGUUCUCGGAGGCUGGCCUGGCAGAGCAGGCUGGGCUCUGGCGGGCGGAGGAGGAGGCCGUGGACUCGGAGCUGGAGCAGCUGUAUCUCUCCCACCUCAGCCGGCUGCGGGCGGAGGAGCUGGGGGGCGCCGGGGGGCAGCCGGGGGGCACGGAGGCGGCCGGCUCCCCCCCGGCCUGGCUGCCCGCCCUGCGCCUGAGCGUGUUGAGCGACCGGGACCUGGUGGUCGGCUGGGCCGGGCCGGAGCGGGCACUGAAUAGCUCCCUGGCCCAGGAGAUCACCCUGCGCUACGCCAGCCCGGCCGCCCGGCUCAGCCCGCCUGCCUGCCCGGGGCGGGACAGCCCCCCGGCGCUGCUGGAGGCCGGGCUCCGGGGAGCCGGCCCAGGCGGGGCCCUGCGGUUGCUGGCGCCGGCUGCCGUGGUGGUGCCGGCAUGGACAGCAGCCCCGGCGGGGCGGAGCCAGGGGGGCUGGGGAGGGCCGGGGGUGCCCCGGGAAGGGGCGCCCGGCUGCCCCACGCGGCUGGGACAGGCCCUGACCCGUUCCCUGUUCGUUCUGGGCCUCGUGGUCAUCCUGCCCGUGGUCCUCAGCGGCUGCCUGCCAGCCGCGGCCGUCACCCUGUAUGUGGUUCUCACGUGGCGCCAGCCCCCCCUGCUCUAGCCCCCUCCACCCCAGAGCCGGGGAGAGAACCCAGGCGUCCUGGCUCCCAGCCCCCCCUGCUCUAACCCACACCCCUUGGGUCCCACGCCGGAGGCCACGUGCCUCUGAAGACCUUACAUUGGUUCAUUGUCCCGCUUUGCUUCUCCAGCCCACAACCCCCCCACCCCCCACCCCAUGGCUCUGUAUUUAUUUUGUACCGGGGAGUGUGUGUGUGGGGCGGUCAAUUCGUGCCGCCCCAGCGUGGUGCAAAGCGGGUCGUUUGCAGCGUGAUGUGUCGGUCCAGCCGCCGGAGGGGCUGGCGAUCGUCCGGCUGAUUCGCCGUGCCACGAGGUCCCACGGCACCUCAGAGCCCCCCAGCUACACACUCCGCCGUCGCAUGGCCCAGGAAAUGUCGCUGUGGGAGUGUGGGGGGGUGUGCCUCAGUUUCCCCACGCGGGGAAGCCGUGGGAGGCUCUCGGAGUGAUGAAGAACAGCCAGACUCGGAGCUGAGUCCGGAUUGAGGCCUGGUGGAGAUGAGAGGAAUCGGGCCCAGAUCCUGUUGCAGUCGGGAGUUACUCCAGAUUAAGUGAAAUCAUCAUCCAGCCCUGACCCCAUUGCAGUAGGGGGUGACUCCGGAUUGACUCCAGAUUAAGUGAGCUCUGAAUCCAGCCCUGACCCCAUUGCAGUCGGGGGUGACUCCGGAUUGACUCUGAAUUAACUGAGAUGGGAAGUCAGCCCUGCCCCUAUUGCAGGUGAGGGGGAUCCAGGGCCAGAAAACCUGCCUUGGAGCGAGAGGCAAGACGCUCGAACCAGACGGAGACGGUUUGGGGGGGCCAUGAGCCUCGGCUCCACGUACCGCCCUGGGAGGGGGGGGGGCAGAAAUCUGAUCACAGACGCGUGGGGGCUUGAAGGGGAUGAAAUGCGUCCACACAGCUGAUGGAAACGCUAAAUAAAAAUUGUCCCGGCCACA